UCUGCUUCUUUGAGAGAGAAGACACGGCGAUUCUACGGCCACUCUUCUCGGAAGGUAGAGAGAGAGAGAGAGAAGUGGGUGGAGAUAGGAGCUCAGUGAGGUAGAGAGAAGCGGAAAUAUCUCUUGAGGAAAAAUGGGUGCUGGAGGCAGAAUGGCUGUACCCGCUGAGGGCAAGAUGUCUAAACAAGAUCUUCAGCGUGUUCCAUAUGCUAAACCGCCUUUUACUUUAGGUGAGAUCAAGAAAGCAAUUCCACCCCAUUGUUUCCAACGGUCUGUCCUCCGCUCAUUCUCUUAUGUUGUUUACGACCUCAUAAUUGCCUCUUCCCUCUACUAUGUUGCUACCAACUACUUCCAUCUCCUCCCACACCCUCUCUCCUACCUGGCAUGGCCGCUUUACUGGAUCUGCCAGGGCUGUGUGCUGACUGGAGUUUGGGUCAUUGCACAUGAAUGUGGCCACCACGCCUUCAGUGACUACCAGUGGCUGGAUGACACUGUCGGCCUUAUCCUGCACUCCGCCCUCCUUGUUCCAUUCUUCUCCUGGAAAUAUAGCCAUCGCCGCCACCAUUCCAACACUGGUUCCCUUGAGCGGGAUGAGGUCUUUGUCCCCAAGCAGAAGUCUGAUCUCGGCUGGCAUGCCAAAUAUCUUAAUAACCCACCGGGCAGAGCAUUCACACUCCUUAUCCAGCUUACCCUAGGAUGGCCUCUAUACUUGAUGUUCAAUGUCUCUGGCAGACCAUACCCCCGCUUCGCCUGCCACUUUGAUCCCUAUGGCCCUAUAUACUCAGACCGCGAGCGCAUCCAGAUCUUCAUCUCGGAUACCGGGAUCUUCGCUGCAACCUACGUGCUGUAUAAGCUAGCAGCAGCCAAGGGGCUCGCGUGGGUUGUCUGUGUCUACGGUGUCCCAUUACUCAUCGUGAACGGGUUCCUUGUUUUGAUCACGUACCUGCAGCACACCCACCCCGCAUUGCCACACUACAAUUCCUCGGAGUGGGAUUGGCUAAGGGGCGCACUCUCCACAGUCGACAGAGACUACGGGAUCCUCAACAAGGUGUUCCACAACAUCACAGAUACUCACGUAGCGCAUCAUCUGUUCUCCACCAUGCCCCACUAUCAUGCAAUGGAGGCCACCAAGGCUAUCAAGCCAGUUCUGGGCGAGUACUAUCAGUUCGAUGGCACGCCAAUCUUUGCAGCAAUGUUUAGGGAAGUCAAGGAGUGUAUUUAUGUGGAGCCAGAUGAAGGUGACAAGAACAAGGGUGUCUUCUGGUACAAGAAUAAACUUUGAAUUGUUAGGAAAAAAACGUACGAUUUUCUUGUUUUCUUGUUGCAAUGUUUUGAUCGUUGUUCUAAAUGUAUGCCGUUUUGUUUAAUGUGUGAGAAACAUUGGUUGCGGUUGAAUAAACUUUGCAGCACGAGUUAUGAAAU